AUGCUCAAGGGAGAAUGCUGCUGCCUGCUUAGUCCUCUGAUCGAACUCACUCUGAGGCGUGAGGAUCUUUUGGCCCGUUCCCAGUUGAGCAGCACAAUCUCAGCCUCGUAUGAGCUGAAGGAGAAGCUGCGGGACUUUGUGGCAGAUGCGAACAGCCAGCGUCCGGGUUUCAUUAAGAUGGUGCGACAUUCGAAGCAGGAGGGGCUGAUCCGGUCGCGGGUCAGUGGGUGGCGCGCCGCCUCAGCCCCUGUGGUCGCCCUUUUUGACGCGCACGUGGAGUUCAGUGUUGGAUGGGCUGAACCCAUCCUCCAGAGAAUCCAGGAAGACAGGCGGCGCAUCAUCUCGCCUUCAUUUGACAACAUCAAAUACGACACGUUUGAGAUUGAGGAGUAUCCACUGUCUGCUCAGGGCUUUGACUGGGAGCUGUGGUGUCGCUACCUCAACCCCCCGAAGAACUGGUGGCACAGGGGCAACAAGAGCGCACCCAUAACGAGCCCGGCUCUGAUUGGCUGCUUCGUGGUGGACAGGCUGUACUUUGAAGAGAUCGGUUUGCUGGACGAGGGGAUGGAAGUGUACGGCGGAGAGAACGUGGAGCUGGCCGUCAGGGUGUGGCAGUGUGGGGGCAGUGUGGAGGUCCUGCCUUGUUCCCGGAUUGCGCACAUUGAGCGUGCUCACAAACCGUACACAGAGGACCUGACGUCCCACGUGCGGCGGAACGCUCUGAGAGUGGCGGAGGUUUGGAUGGACGAGUUCAAGAGCCACGUGUACAUGGCCUGGAACAUUCCACAGGAGGACUCUGGAAUAGAUAUCGGGGACAUCUCUGAGAGGAAAGCCCUGAGGAAGAGGCUGCAGUGCAAGACCUUCCGAUGGUAUCUGGUCAACAUCUACCCAGAGAUGAGGAUGUAUAGUGAUACCAUCGCAUAUGGAGUGCUGAAAAACUCUCUGAAGAUUGAUUUGUGCUUGGACCAAGGUCCUGACAAUGACAACGUGCCCAUUCUGUAUCUGUGUCAUGGGAUGACACCACAGAAUGUGUAUUACACGAGUGCGCACCAACUCCACGUGGGGCUUCUCAGUCCGACGGUGGACGAUGACGACAACAAGUGCCUGGUGGACGUGAACGGCAGAGCGCGUCUCAUCGAAUGCAGUUACUCUGCAGCUAAGCGCAUGAAGAUGCACUGGCUCUUCACUCAGGGAGGGCCCAUUCAGAACAGGAAAUCAAAGAGAUGCCUCGAGCUCGUUGCCGGCAGCGACAAUGAGUUUGGCUACCAGCUGGCUCUACAGAAAUGCACUGGGCAGAAAUGGUUCAUCACAAAUGUGCUGUUUAGCAAUUUGUCAUGA